AUGGACAUUUUCCUGGCUAAGAACACGGUGGACUACCGUUCUCUCAUGCAGCUGCAGCUUCGUGAGUUCUUUGCGGACGCGGCGGUGCUUUUCCACAAGGAGCAGAACGAGUCGGAGUCGCUCAGUAUUAAGUGGACGGCUGCGAGGACCAAGAAGAGUGUGGCUAGUUUGGGUGGACAGGUAGGCGUCGACUUGUGUCUCCUGGAGUAUGCGGGUGUCAUCUCGAACUCGCCCGUAGGCGUGUGUCUGUACGAAUCCAUCGAUCAGGCCGAGUGUCCGUCGCUCUACGACUCGCACAAACCCGAGCGCGCGUCGGUGUCCAAUUUCGGCUUCCUGUUCCGUCCUCACGUGGACGAAGACGUCGUAGAAAACACUUUUAAUCGUGCAUUGCUAGCGCAUUGGGCCCAAUCUGUCGGCGGGAUUGAAGAGUCUAAUAGUCGUCGACGGAUCUCCAAGGAGCUCACGAGACGUCGUGUGCCCAUGUGGGUGAAGGACAAGGACCGCGCGUGCUGUCAUUUGUGCCUCAAGACCUUCACUAACACACGACGUAAACAUCAUUGCCGCGCGUGUGUGGAGAUUAUCUGUCGGGCGUGUUCGGUGUACAAAAGUGUGGAUUUGCAGUCGGUGGGGCUCACUACACUGCGUGUCUGCAAAGCCUGUAUGGAUGACACGUCGUCUGCAGUUGAUCGAGACGAGGCGAACCUCAAGGCUGCUGCUGCGGUGACUGCAGCAGCAAAUGGAGCUACUGCUGACAAAAGUAACUUGCCUGAAGGUGUGGAUAAUAGUGUACUCAGAGAUUCAGUGGAAGUGUACGCGCUAGCUGUUCCAGGUGCCCAAGUCAGCUGGCAGCUAGAGAUGACGAGAGCAAGACGAUGGUCAAUGCACUAA